UAUCACUAUGUUUUUCACAAGGCUAAUGCAACAUAGAGUGAAGACCAAGUGUGUCAUCAAGAUGUAACAUUUGAAAUGAUCCUCUUUUCUCAAACACUGAAAAUUUGGAGAAUACGACAACUCUUCCACAGAUCUUGUUUUUCAAAUGGUAUUUCCAUCAAAGAAUGCAGUAUUAGCUUUUCCCCCCCUCUCCCUCCUUUCUAAAUUUUGAGUUGGGGUAUUGCCAUGUGCCUCAUCUUUGCAGCUAUUAGGUAGAAUCUCACAAGAAGUUAUUAACAGAAAAUGCCAGGAAAAGUCAUCAUUCGGCAUCACUUCAUGCUCUUUCACUCCUCCAAACCUUCAGACAUUAUGUAUUGAUAACUGAAUUCACUUUUACACUUUUCUUUGAAACCCAACACAAUAAAAAUCUGAAUAGCUUUCAAAUGUUUGUGUAUGAAGUCCUCUUUUUUGCCCUUUGUUCAAGCGGUCUCCCUCGUAUGGCCAGGGUAUCAUGGGCAGUGUCCAUGCUGUUACUGCUGAUGCUCUGCUCUCCAGGGGGGUCUUCGGUCCCCCUCAAGCAUCUGUGUGGUUCCCACCUGGUGGACGCCCUCUACUUUGUGUGUGGAGAAAGGGGCUUUUUCUACAAUCCGAGCCGGACCCACAAGCGUGAUGUGGAACAUCUGCUCGGGUUCCUGUCUAAAAGGGCCAGACAGGACCAGCGACUGUGGAGGGCUUUGUCGGGCCGCGACGAGCCCAAAGUGAAGAGAGGGAUCGUGGAACAGUGCUGCCACAAGCCGUGCAGCAUUUACCACCUGGAGGGCUACUGCGACUGACUCGCCACUUCAGGAGCACCACUCAUAGCCUGUAAAAAGGUCCCGAAGUCAAUUUCUGGCCUGAUACUUGCUGGCUAUGUCUUAUCAACUGAAGGAAAUAAAGCUUCCUGACCCAUAACCCAAGGCUCUUCUCUGCAAAGAUGUGAAUUUGUGUU